AUGCAGACCUACGCGGUGAUUUGGGUAGACCCUUCCUACAAGCUCCGGACACGAAUCGACAGAAUUGGCGCCGAAGAUCCCGUCUGGAACGACAAAUUCCUAUUUCAAGUCUCCGCCUCCUUGAAGGCUCCGUCGCUCCUCGCUCUCCAGAUCCGCUUUCCAUCUGGCAAGUUUCACGGCGUCCUCAACAUCGGCGCUAUGGUCAUCGACGCCUCUGAAAUCACCGGCGACAUAUUCAACGUCGUCAACGAGAACUCGGCGGGGAGUAGCCGGAGUCGAAGGAUGACAAAGUCUAGAUCAGCUGCCGAUGACGGAGCAGCGAGUUCGAAGGAGAAUUCGUAUUCCGGCUCGGUGGAUUGCUCCGACAGUUCAGAUUCAGCGGCGUGGUCUACUCUGCCGUCGCCGCUGACGGAGUGGAACGGUAUUCGGAAUUUGACGGGAAAGAAUCACAUGCGGUCGUCAUCGGACGGCGGAGGAUUGCUGUGCUGUUUCUUGAUGAAAUCAUCGGGUUUGUGCUUGCAGGAAGAUAAUUGA